AUGUACUUCUUCUUUCUCUCAUUGCCUCUCCUCGAAUCCUCCUUAGACUACACCACCCUUUCCUUGAUAGCCGCGCUGCUCCUCCUCUCCCUCCUUUCCCUCUGCUUCAUAUUCCACCUCCGCUUCAAGUCACGCACCCUCCACCAUUUACAAAACUUCAACUCUCUCUGGGCAGUCCGAUUCAUCCUCGUCUCCUUCAUCACCUUCUGGGCGCUCAACGAGCUCCUCCGCCUCUCCUUCUUCCGACACCAUUUACUCCUCUCUCUCUUCCCCUCCCCAACCCAAUCCAACCAAGCCAACCUCUGCAAAAUCCAAGCCGUCCUCUCAUUAGGUUUCUUCGAGCCUGCUUUCUUGGUAACCCUACUUUUCCUCGUCGACGUCUCCAUCAAGAAGAAAACACCCAACCACAUCUGGCUCAUCCCUUUUGUCAUCGUCACAUGUUUUCCCUUCUUAAUCUUCCAAAUAAUCUUCGUGUUUUUUGCACCGUCGGAUUCACAGCUACCAGUCCUUUUCACGCGAAGCCACGUCGUUCCCAAGAAUGGUUUGGAAAAUAGCAUGCUUUUGUGUGCGUACCCUUUGUUGAAUACUAUUGUGUUUGGUUUUUUCGGGAUUGGGUAUUCCCUGUACUUCUUCUUCUCUUCUUGGAAGGCGGUUUCCCUGGUGAUCAACAAGAACCUCAGGGUUCGAAUCUACGGCCUGGCUUUCACCGUUUUGAUAUCGUUGCCGUUGCAAAUUUUGUGCCUUGGCUUGUCCGUGUUGUGGGACCCUCAAGACCCUGCCUAUGGCGGUGUGGCGCUCGUUGUGUUUAUUACAACGUUUUUGUGUGCCGUGGUGGGAGAGGGCAUUUUGGUAAUUAGACCGAUCACCGAUGCCUUGGCUGCCGGAGGAGAAUGUUGCCGGUGGGUUCCAUCACGGCGGUGGGAGGAGGGCAGGAGCCCAGCGGCAGCGGGAUGUGGAGUCUAG